UAUAACCUAUGAUGGAGUCAUUAUGUCACACAGACUGUAAAAAAGUAUGCAACAGGAAACAUUAUGAGCAUUACUAAUGCAAAGUUUUUAUUAGAAUAGACAGGUUGUUAUUCUGCAUGCAUGCGAACAAAAUAUGGAAAUAUGAUGUUAAGAGUUUGUCCUUGUAGCCACGGAGAGAGCUCCACCUCUCUCUGGAUAAAGUGCGCACGGACGGAGUGGGCGGUUUAACAACACACACACACACACGGACGCACGUGCACGAGCACAUAUUAUGGGACUGCAACCUGCUGAUUCCUGUUAGACUCUCACACACAGCCUGGAGGAGUAGGUGACCACUUCAACUUGUUUUUUUGUCAGUGCGUAAAAGUUGGAAAUCGUGUAUUUUUGUAGAGCAAAAAAAGUGAAAUGGCUUCUUUCAGAGGACUUCUUCUUCUUCCUCUUUUAUUGGUGGACUUUGUAUCAAACGGUGUCUUCUUUUGAAGCGACUUUUCUUCUCGGGAGCUGCUCAGAAUAAAGUUUUUUCUCAUGGUGCACUUCUUUAUCCUGAAGCAGCAGCAGCAGCAGCACAGCAGCUUCAGAAAUGAAAGCAGAAGCAAGCAAACUAUUUUGUUUUCUUUUUAGGAAGUCUUUCAAAUGGCUUGAUUCAAGAGUCUUUUCUCGCUUCUGAUCUUGCGACACAUAACCCGGACUUUGGUUACCAUUACGCAUACGUUUUUUGUUUUUUUUUCCCCAUUUGGAGACACUUGGUGACUCUUGGAGAGCACCGCUGGACAACAACACCAUGACCAGCUGCUGGCUCGCCCUGGUCGGAUUGUGGUGGAGCGCUUAUUCCUGCACGUUCCUGUCCGCGCGGAGUAACUUCUCACUGGAUGGACACAACAACGAGGCGCACCAGCACCACCCGGCAGGCUUCAUCCAGCGGCGGCUGCGGACGCACGAGAAGAGAGAGAUGCAGAAGGAGAUCCUGUCCAUCUUGGGGCUGCCGCACAGACCCAGACCGCAUCUGUUGCAGUCACACGGAAAGUACAACUCCGCUCCGCUUUUCAUGUUGGACUUAUACAACACCAUCUCCAGCGAGGAGAAGAGCCAGGUGGAGGGCAUCCUGGACCGGUAUCAUCAUCAGUCCAUGAGCACCACCCAGAGUCCUCCUCCUCUGGCCACUUAUCAAGAAACUGCCUUUCUGAAUGAUGCAGAUAUGGUGAUGAGCUUCGUCAAUCUAGUGGAGUACGACAGGGAGCUCUCUUCGCAGCGGCGUCACCACAAGGAGUUUAAGUUCAACCUCUCACAGAUCCCAGAGGGCGAGGCCGUCACCGCGGCAGAGUUUCGCCUCUACAAGGAGUGUGUGAGCCGCGCCUUCCGCAAUGACACCCUCCUACUCAAAGUCUACCAGGUGGUCAAGGAGCACCCUGACAGAGAGGCAGACCUGUUCCUGCUGGAGUCUCGCAGGCUGUGGGCGGCUGAGGAAGGCUGGCUGGAGUUUGACAUCACUGCCACCAGCAACCUGUGGGUGAUGAGCCCGGUGCACAAUCUGGGCCUGCAGGUCAGCGUGGAGACCAGCAGCGGACAGAGCAUCAGCUCCAAGGAGGCAGGGCUCGUAGGACGUGACGGCGCGCUGGAGAAGCAGCCUUUCAUGGUGGCGUUCUUCAAAGUCAGCGAAGUGCACAUCCGCACGGCCCGCUCCACUGGCGGAAAACGUCGCCAGCAGAACCGCAACCGAUCCACACAACCACAGGAGGGAUCCAGAGGGCUCGGCCCAGCAGAUUACAACAGCAGCGAUCAGAAGACGGCAUGCAGAAGACACGAGCUGUACGUCAGCUUCAGAGAGCUGGGCUGGCAGGACUGGAUCAUUGCUCCUGAAGGCUACGCAGCCAACUACUGUGAUGGAGAGUGCUCCUUCCCGCUUAAUGCCCACAUGAACGCCACCAACCACGCCAUUGUACAGACCCUGGUGCACCUGAUGAACCCAGAGAACGUACCAAAGCCAUGCUGUGCCCCCACCAAGCUCCACGCCAUCUCAGUGCUCUACUUCGACGACAACUCCAACGUCAUCCUGAAGAAAUACAAGAACAUGGUGGUACGGGCCUGCGGCUGCCACUGACACCGACACCGACAUCGAGGGGCUAAUAAUGAGCGAUUAAAAGUUGGGUUGGCAAAGGGCUGCAACUGCACCAAGUGACUCCUGGAUGAUGUUGACCUCAACUAGACACCAGCUUUCCUGCCCAUAACCUCAGCCUGCAAGGAAUGUCCAACCCUGAAAGAUAAUUUAAAACAUCCAUCCAUUCAUCAAACGAAGAGAGGACUAUUAUGGGUGUCAUCUAUAGGCAACUUCACCCUACAGUGUUGAGCCACCAAGUAGUCAAUCACCUUCUCUAUUAGCUGUGGAGUCUUCACUUCAUGGGUCUGCAACUGAGUGAAUGUGUGUGUGUGGAGGUUGGAGUGUUUCAGUUUGUAUAUUAUGUGUUUAUGGAAGUGUGUGUAUGAACGCCGAAGAGGCUACUGCACCUUUUCCCUCGCUGAGAGGGAGAGGGCAACUGAACUGUUGUGGGACCAGUCCGAGUGCUGCUUUCUUUCCCUUCUCCUCUCUGACAAUGAACACGGUGGAUCAGUUCUCAGAGUGGGGCUCGAAUAAUUACUAAUGAACAACUUCUCCAACAGAGCGUGACCCCUGGAGAGUUGACUCAGUGACAUCACCUGGUCAAAUGACAAGUGUAUAAAUGGUUUGAGUGAGAUGGGAAAAUACAAACUCAAGUUUCCUUAACAGAGCUAACUCAAACAAUCUAAUACUAAAUGAUACAUUGGAGUCAGUAGAUUCAUAUUCCCUUCCUCUCUCUCCCAAUGUAUUUUCUUCUUAAGCCAUAUUUGCCCUCCUAAAAUAUAAUAUGGACUGAACCAAAGUGACCGCAGGCUAUUUUAGUAGCGCGCUGCUCCAAAUAUCCCCUCCGUGUCAAUAUUUGCCGGGCUCACGCUGAGCUGCGAUUCACCAGGCUGGUUCAACAUGAUGCAUGUUGUGGCUAAACUGAUGUUUUUCUCCAAAGAAGCGAAGAAUACAGCCUUAUCCCUGCGACAUACCGCAAAUGGCCAUUUCCAUGUUGCUGCACUCGCAAAGUUAACAAACGCUUCCACCCCUGACAACCCAUCAAGAGAUUGUGGAAAAACAUUUAGCGAGUCAAAAACAGCCGGCAGAACGGUGUCCAGUGCCAGCUUUUCUGAAAUUAGCCCUUUUGCUUUUUCAACGCCGAGGGUAAAAAUUGUGUCGAGAUUUGUGUCCAGUGGCAACGUCUUUCCAAUUGAACAAGUUACUGUGAGCUUUGAAUGACAUGGAGGUUUUUUUUUUUUUAGAGAACAUAUUUUAAUGAAAAACUAAUAACAAGAAUCAAAAUACCUUACGUGCCUAACCAAUCAUAAAUUACAAAAUAUACCUCUGGUAAGCUGCUGUUUACAUUUGUGAUCAUGUUUAGACUGUUUUUUUUUUGUAAAUACUUGUACAUUCUCAGCUUAUUUAUUGCACCUUUUAUUAAAAAGAAAAAAUCACAUACCUUAUUAACAGAGACAGAUGCAAGGACAAAUGAAAAUACAAACUUAUUUUUGAAAAAUCUUUUUAUUAUGAAAUCUCAUGUUACAACUUGCCAUUAUUCACUUUUUUUGUACAAAAUCCAUGGGUAGUGCACAACCCAUGACUCACAAGGAAAAAAAUACUUCUGUCACUGGAGUUCCUUAGACCAUGUGCUAUCCAUAAAAACUUUUACUGACAAAAAA